CACACGUGUUGGAGGCAGCUGCAAGAGAGCAUGAGUACACAGCUCUUGCUGGCAGAGAGGCCUGAAAAAGGAAAUAUAAGCUUUCAUACCGACAUCUCCUUGGUCAGUUUGUAGCCGCUAAUAGAUACCAGGAGUCUCCUGGGCUAAUACAGACAGAGCAAGAAGAGGACGACGUCGGCCUGGUAACCGACCGAGAAAGCACAACGAAGAAAGUUGUCUGUCUGCUGUUCCCGGGCCUCUGUAUGUGUGUGUGCAUUGUGUCGCUAGCAGCUUUCAGUUUUUAAUAAUUAAAUAGGCUGAGGAGGACUUUGAAGCGUUAUUAGCACGCCAUGGCGGACUACUUAAUCAGCGGGAAGAGCGGCUACGUCCCUGACGAUGGGCUGAGUGGACAGCAGCUGUUCAAUGGAGGAGACGGGCUCACAUACAAUGACUUUCUGAUACUUCCAGGCUACAUCGACUUUACAUCAGACCAAGUGGAUCUGACGUCAGCACUCACCAAACAGAUCACCAUGAAAACUCCCUUUGUCUCCACUCCCAUGGACACAGUCACAGAGGCCAACAUGGCCAUCGCUAUGGCACUAACAGGUGGCAUCGGCUUCAUUCAUCACAACUGCACUCCAGAGUUCCAGGCCAAUGAAGUUCGCAAAGUCAAGCGAUAUGAGCAGGGCUUCAUCACAGACCCCGUGGUGAUGAGCCCCAACGAGCGUGUACGCGACGUCUUCCAGGCCAAGGCUCGCCACGGCUUCUGUGGCAUCCCCAUCACAGACAACGGUAAGAUGGGUGGCAAGCUGGUGGGAAUCAUCUCAUCCAGAGACAUUGACUUCCUGAAGGAAGAGGACCACCACCUGCUGCUCAGCGAGGUGAUGACAAAGCGGGAGGAGCUAGUUGUCGCCCCCGCUGGAGUGACGCUGAAAGAAGCCAAUGAAAUCCUCCAGAGGAGUAAGAAAGGUAAACUUCCUAUAGUGAAUGAAGAGGGCUCCCUGGUGUCCAUCAUCGCCCGCACAGACCUGAAGAAGAACAGAGACUUCCCUCUGGCCUCCAAAGACUCCCGCAAACAGCUGCUGUGCGGAGCCGCCAUCGGCACACACAAUGACGACAAAUACCGACUGGACCUGCUGGUGCAAAGCGGGGUGGAUGUGGUCGUACUGGACUCGUCUCAGGGCAACUCAAUCUUCCAGAUCAACAUGAUCAAAUACAUCAAAGAGAAGUACCCAAGCCUACAAGUCAUCGGAGGCAACGUGGUAACUGCAGCUCAGGCCAAGAACCUGAUAGACGCAGGUGUGGACGGACUGAGAGUGGGGAUGGGCAGCGGCUCCAUCUGCAUCACACAGGAAGUGCUGGCAUGCGGCAGACCUCAGGCCACAGCCGUCUAUAAGGUGUCAGAGUACGCCAGGCGCUUUGGUGUACCGGUCAUCGCUGAUGGCGGCAUCCAGACCGUCGGACACAUCGCCAAAGCCCUGGCGCUGGGAGCAUCCACAGUAAUGAUGGGCUCCCUGCUAGCUGCCACCAGUGAAGCUCCUGGUGAAUAUUUCUUCUCUGACGGUAUCAGGCUGAAGAAAUAUCGUGGCAUGGGUUCCUUGGAUGCCAUGGAUAAGAACCUGGGCUCCCAGACGAGAUACUUCAGUGAGUGUGACAAGAUUAAAGUUGCUCAGGGUGUUUCUGGAGCAGUGCAGGACAAAGGCUCCAUCCACAAGUUUAUUCCCUACCUACUGGCUGGCAUUCAGCACUCCUGUCAGGACAUCGGAUCAAAGAGUCUCACACAGCUCAGAGCCAUGAUGUACUCUGGAGAUCUGAAAUUUGAAAAGAGAACAACAUCAGCUCAAAUGGAGGGCGGAGUCCACAGCCUGCACAGUUACGAGAAACGUCUGUAUUAAGAAGCCAGACGGAGAAAUCCUUCCAGCAGGCACAUUAUGCAAACACUACUCGCCAGUCCCUCUUACAUCAUCAUUCUACACACGCACAACUAACUUCUCAUACAAAUUAGCCUGUAAGAGAUAAGCGCGCACACACACAUAGACACACACACACACUCUUCCAAGGAUCCAUCAGUCUUCCUGCCAGUAUCAUCUAUGCAUUGUCUUUGUUUAGUAUGUUUGUGUGUAAUGGAGGGGAGCUAAGCAUUUAUCAGUCAGUGCACGUGUGAUUGAGUCCUCUCCAAUGCCUUCCAUGUUGUGAUUAAAUCAAUUGUCUCCAGUAUACUGGUGUGUCCACUGUAUGGCAGAAAUGUUGUCAAAUAAUAAAAGCUUAUGUGUUUUUCCACAA